UUUCCCACAACCUCCGUAGAGUUCUAGAGAAGUGGCGGGAACCAGUGAACUCGGCGCCGAACCUCUCAUCGCCGUGAAAAUUCCCCCCUCCUCCAAGCGAAGAGUCGGCGCCGACUCAAAUCGAUGGCGAACGAGGAGACCAAAACCCUAGACUCCACCCCUCGAAGAACCACAAGGUCCUCUUCCUCCUCCCUCUCCCUCUCUUCUCCUCAAAAACCCUCGCUCAAUCCCCCAAACCCUCCUCCCCCCUCUCUCCCCACCGAUCUCUUAUUCUCCGCACAACCCAUCACACUAGACCAGUUACUCUCCAAUCUCCCCGGAAGAAACCCUCAAAUCCUCGAGGUUUUGCGCCUAAUCGGCCCCCUAAAUUCCCCGACGCAGCCGAUUCUCCUCUACGGCGGCGUCUCCACCGGCAAAACGAGCACCAUUUUGCAGGUAUUCCGGUAUUUGAACCGCCCCUUCGUCUACGCCAGCUGCCGCUCUUGCUAUAACCCUAGAAUCCUCUUCGAAUCGGUGCUGAAUCAGUUGCUUCGUCAUAGGCGGAGCCGGAGCAGCGGCUUCGCCAGCUCCAAGCGGUGCGAGAGGGCGUCGGAGUUCGUUGACUUGCUUCGGGACGCGUUGCUUCGUGUGUUAAACGAGUUGAAAGAGAGAAGGGGCGGAAAAGGUGGGAAUGGGGAGAUGGUUUAUGUGAUUUUCGACAAUGUGGAGCUCAUCCGGUCGUGGGAUAAGAGUUCUCUUAUUCUCUGCUUGCUGUUUCGGUUGUUUGAUAUUUUGAAGAUUCCCGAAUUGGGUUUGAUCUACAUCAGUAGUUCGACGCCCGACGCUUACUAUUCAAUGACCGGUUCGAUUGGGCCGAAUGCAGUGCACUUCCCAGAAUACACUUUGAAUGAUCUUCAUGGCAUCUUCAUGAGAAACCAGGAGAACCCAAAGCUUUAUUCCUCAUUUUUAAGUGUUGUUCUGAAACCCUUCUCCAGAGUGACUAAACGUGUCGAUGAAUUGGCAACUGCUUUUGAAUCACUAUUUAGGAAAUAUUGUGAACCUUUAACUGAUUUGAAACUUUUUCCUGACGAGCGCAUGAAGAGAAGGUUGUUCGAUUAUAUUCAGCCGCACCUAACUGCCUCUCUGAAUGAGACAUUUGAUGUUCCUGUGAGAAGCUCGUCUGAAUCCGCUAAGGAUGGAGACUAUACUAAGAAGGGGAGUAUUAGGAAGACCGUAGGUGGCAAUGAUUCGUUAGCGGAAUUGGAUUUUCAUAUGUCUGUGUCUGCGAAAUACCUUCUUCUUUCCGCAUUCCUUGCUUCGAGAAAUCCAGCUACCCUUGAUGCUGCUCUCUUUGACUCAACUGGAGGAUCCAGUAGUCGCAAGCGUAAGAGAAAGAGCUCUCAGGCAUCGAUUGACCAAAAUGAUCAUAAGGCUGAAGAAAUUCUUAUUAAGGGACCGGGAACUUUUCCCUUAGAGCGACUAUUAGCUAUAUUUCAAUGCAUAACAUCACUCUCUGAGGAAGCACUCGAGGAAGAACAGCUUCAGGAGGGGAAGGGAAUUGAGAAUGCGACUGUUGGGUUAAUGUCUGAUGUUUUAUUGCAGCUGUCUACUCUCUGCAAUGCUAACUUUCUAUGCAAAAGCGGAAGCUGCCCUUUGGAUGGUUCCAGAAGAUACCGUUCCACUAUUGACGAAGACUUUGCAUUGAAGGUUGCAAGGAGCAUCAACUUUCCCCUGUCGAAGUAUAUCUACAGAAGAUAGUCCAAAGACCUACAUAUAAUUCUGCAGGAACCACUGCAUCAAAUUAAUUGUUUAAAUUUUUAUCUAUGCAUGGAUACAUUGUACAUUAGGAUAAUUUGAGAGAGUUAUAAUAGUUGAGAGGCUGUGUAAUUCGAAAGAGCUUAUUAGUUUCGUCCGGCAAUUUGUAUCAGUUUGUUGAAUUUGCUUGUCUCUAGACUCCCUACAGCACAUUGUUCGAUGAAUCAAUCGAUCAUGG